AUGCCAAAAAUAUCCGUUCAAGCUAAUUUAUUACUGGUAACUACUUCUAUUUCUGGCUUGAUUCUGUGCAAAAUGACGGAAGAUCCUAUCAAAACGAUCAAGUCACGAAUAUCUUACUUUGCCAGAGAUUCAGUGCUGAAGAGCAAGUCAGAUAUAUUAGAUGUUAGUCAACCUGACAGGGUUUAUCGUAAAUCAAAAGAUCUGCAUGAAACAAUGAAGAGGAAACCAAAUUCAUGCAGCAGUUGCUAUUCCACUUACGAUUUUCGAUACUGGAUAUAUAACAAGUUGGGACAAGAUCCUCUGAUAUGCAUCUUUUAUUGGUACAUGUCAAUGGGAACGUGCAAUGUUCUCGGGGGAGCGCAAACUCAAACUAGUUAA